AGUCAUACUGUAGGCAGUGUAUACACACAUUCUUUGCAUAUCUACACGUGACGGAAGUUAAAAGACGAGAUUAUUAAUUAAUAACGAAAAAUAAAAUAUAGAAAAAAAUAUUAAAAAGUAAUAAAAGUAAAAUGGCAGAAUUAUUUAAUUCAUCAUUUCAAGAUGCACCAAAACCAAAAGCUGGAGCAGUUGACUCAGAGCUUGAUAAUUUUUUAAUGAUGGAAAAACAAAAAGCUCAAUUUACAGCUCAGAUUCACGAGUUUAAUGAUUUUUGCUGGGAAAAAUGUGUUGACAAACCAGGUAGCAAACUUGAUGGUAAAACUGAAACAUGCCUUAAUAAUUGUGUUGAUAGAUUUAUCGAUGUUUCACUCCUCAUUACAAACAGAUUUGCUCAGAUUCUUCAAAAAUCAGCUGGAGGAAUGUAAAAGUUAAUUAAAUAAAAAUUCUAGUAAAUUACUUUCAA